UUUAAAAGAGUACAAUAGAUAUAAUUGCAUUAUUUUUUGCAGGCCCCAUCUUCAGAAACAUCAGAAAGCAAGGGAAGUCCGGGAUUUUUUUCACAAAUGUUUUCUGAGUUAGCUGCGCCUCUUUAUGAAGAGGACGAACAGGAUUUUCUGUCGGAAGAUAGAGAACCUGAAAAUCCAUCUGUAGAAGAUGAGUUGGGAGAUGAUGAUCCAGAGGAGGCAAUUUAUGAAACAAGCAAUGGUGAAGACAAUAAGCCUAAUUUUGCAUUACCUCAAUUUGAAAAGUCAGUUACAGAGAAUGUAAAUUCUGCACGAACUGCAGAGGAAGAAACCUAUUUUGGUGGUGCCACUGAGAGUGAUGCUGAUCAAGAAAAAGGGGAGGACCAACCAUUGCCCAAUGCUAUUAAGGAGGGUAAUGUUUCAGCGUCUCUGCCAUAUUCAUCCACCUUAGAUUUGGCAAAUGCCGAAAAUAAAAACCCUGAACUUCCAGAUGCACAUACUGGUGAACCAGAUGUAGAAAUUGACAGCAGACUGGAGGAGGGAUCAAAAGACCUUGAUAGGGUGCAGUCUGAGCAAGACUCAGCAGUAAAUACAAAGUAUGAAUCCUCAGUUAAACAAACUGACGAUAAAGAAAUUGAGAGCCACCAGGAGAAAGAACAAUCAAACAGUAAAAAGAUGCAGUUUGAGGAAGAUUUAAUUGUGAAUUCAGUAAAUGCUGAGGAAUCAAAAACCGAACCUUCGGUUAAAGAAAACCCUGCCGAGAAGGAGGCAGAAAUUGACAGUGCUGGUGUUAACAGGGGAAAGCAAGACCCUGAGCAGGAGGAGCCAAGGAGUGCAGACAGCUCAGGAGGGACGCCGUUUGAUAAGAAACAGCCUCACUAUGAGGACGGUGCAAAAGAGCUGUCAGAUGAAGACUUGGAGCAUCUGCGAGUUAAAAGCAAACCUCAAGAACAAGUUCCAUCAGAUGUACUGCAGGAGGAAGUACAAGAUCUCAAAAAAAAUAAAAAAGAGGAGGCAGGGGAACAAGAAGCCAAAGAAAGAAUGGAAGAGCAGGCAAGGAAAUUCAGCCUAGAGAAGGCAAAAAGGGAUGCACAGGAGAAGAAGAAAGUAUUGGAAGAGCAGUCGAGAAAUCUGAGGUUGGAGAAUGAAAAAAGAGAUGCGGAAGAGAAGAAGAAAGCAAUUGAAGAGCAGACAAGAAAGCUCAUGUUGGAGAAAGAAAAAAGGAUUUCAGAAGAGAAGAAGAAAGCAAUUGCAGCGCAGGCAAGGAAAGUCAGGCUGGAGAAAGCAAAAAAGGCUGCAGAAGAAGAGAAAAAACGGAAAGAGGAGGAAGCGAGACAACUGAGACUUGAGUCACUGAAAAAGCAACGGCAACAGAUAGAAGAAACUGAGAAGAUGGAGAUGGAAAGGUUGCGUAGGGAGGAGGAGAAAGAAAUUUCUUUGAAAAAACUAAGUGGUGCUGAAAGAAAAGAGGAAGAGGUUGAUGACAAGGCCCCGUCUUCAGAAACAUCAGAAAGCAAGGGAAGUCCGGGAUUUUUUUCACAAGUGUUUUCUGAGUUAGCUGCGCCUCUUUAUGAAGAGGACGAACAGGAUUUUCUGUCAGAAGAUAGAGAACCUGAAAAUCCAUCUGUAGAAGAUGAGUUGGGAGAUGAUGAUCCAGAGGAUGCAAUUUAUGAAACAAGCAAUGGUGAAGACAAUAAGCCUAAUUUUGCACCCCCUCGAUUUGAAAAGUCAGUUACAGAGAAUGUAAAUUCUGCACGAACUGCAGAGGAAGAAACCUAUUUUGGUGGUGCUACUGAGAGUGACGCUGAUCAAGAAAAAGGGGAGGACCAACCAUUGCCCAAUGCUAUUAAGGAGGGUAAUGUUUCAGUGUCUCUGCCAUAUUCAUCCACCUUAGAUUUGGCAAAUGCCGAAAAUAAAAACCCUGAACUUCCAGAUGCACAUACUGGUGAACCAGAUGUAGAAAUUGACAGCAGACUGGAGGAGGGAUCAAAAGACCUUGAUAGGGUGCAGUCUGAGCAAGACUCAGCAGUAAAUACAAAGUAUGAAUCCUCAGUUAAACAAACUGACGAUAAAGAAAUUGAGAGCCACCAGGAGAAAGAACAAUCAAACAGUAAAAAGAUGCAGUUUGAGGAAGAUUUAAUUGUGAAUUCAGUAAAUGCUGAGGAAUCAAAAACCGAACCUUCGGUUAAAGAAAACCCUGCCGAGAAGGAGGCAGAAAUUGACAGUGCUGGUGUUAACAGGGGAAAGCAAGACCCUGAGCAGGAGGAGCCAAGGAGUGCAGACAGCUCAGGAGGGACGCCGUUUGAUAAGAAACAGCCUCACUAUGAGGACGGUGCAAAAGAGCUGUCAGAUGAAGACUUGGAGCAUCUGCGAGUUAAAAGCAAACCUCAAGAACAAGUUCCAUCAGAUGUACUGCAGGAGGAAGUACAAGAUCUCAAAAAAAAUAAAAAAGAGGAGGCAGGGGAACAAGAAGCCAAAGAAAGAAUGGAAGAGCAGGCAAGGAAAUUCAGCCUAGAGAAGGCAAAAAGGGAUGCACAGGAGAAGAAGAAAGUAUUGGAAGAGCAGUCGAGAAAUCUGAGGUUGGAGAAUGAAAAAAGAGAUGCGGAAGAGAAGAAGAAAGCAAUUGAAGAGCAGACAAGAAAGCUCAUGUUGGAGAAAGAAAAAAGGAUUUCAGAAGAGAAGAAGAAAGCAAUUGCAGCGCAGGCAAGGAAAGUCAGGCUGGAGAAAGAAAAAAAGGCUGCAGAAGAAGAGAAAAAACGGAAAGAGGAGGAAGCGAGACAACUGAGACUUGAGUCACUGAAAAAGCAACGGCAACAGAUAGAAGAAACUGAGAAGAUGGAGAUGGAAAGGUUGCGUAGGGAGGAGGAGAAAGAAAUUUCUUUGAAAAAACUAAGUGGUGCUGAAAGAAAAGAGGAAGAGGUUGAUGACAAGGUGCCAGGGGACGAAGGGAUAGAUCAGGAAAAAGAAAACCCAACUCAGGAGAAGGGAAAAACUAGCGAAGACGGCGAAGAUGAGGAACAUAUGAAAAUCAAAGGUGCCUUUGACCAAAAGAUGGCUGAGGAAGAAGCUGCAUUGAAAAGGAGACUGGAAAUGUUAAAUGAGGAGAGAAGGAAUUUUGAAAAGAUGGCUGAGGAAUAUCGAGUCAGCAAAAAAGAAAGACAACAAAAAGAACAGGAGGAAAAAAUGUCUACCAAGCAUAGUGCUGAAAGUGAACUCAGCAAGGCAGCAACAGCUGUUUCACCAUCUUCUAAGCAAGUCAAAACUUCGCAAGAUCAAGCAGCUAGGCAAACAGUGAAUACUUCUGCUACAACUACCACUGCACCAGCUGUGGAUGAAGAGUUGGCAGCAAAAGAAGUAAACACUAAGACGGAAGCCACACUUGUCAAGUCUUUGCAGGCAAUGCCAACAAAAGUCAAAGAACCAGUUGGUAGCCGCACGAAACGAACAACAGCAACAGAGACAGCUUCAUCAACAACUGCACUGAAUAAGGAGGGCUUGAGCUCUGUGGAUGUAAAACCUAGUGAAGCAACUGAUCAUGGUAUGGAAAAGGAGCAUGUGGAUGACAGCAAAGAGGAUCAUAAGGUCCCUUCAGAUAAAGCUGCAUGCACUGAAGGCUUUUGUCAAGCGAAACCAAAUGUGAUAUCACUUGCCUCACGGUUCCAAAAAGUAGAAGACAGUUUAAUGUCAAAGGUUGUCUUGGGCGAAACUCAGUUCAAUAACAUCAAAGAGAAUAAUGACUCUCAAGUGAAUGAGACCCUCAGUGGAUAUGCUACCUUCAUGAGGGCAUUCCGUAACUUCCAUGAAAAGUCUGUGCUUUUUGUCUUCUCCUAUUGGCCUGUGGCAAGGAAUACGACCAGAGACUUGUUGGCUUAUAUUGGAUUAGAUGGGAUGUUUGAGCAGUUGUGCAAUGAUCUUGCUGAUGUCCAUCCCGCUGUUCUGUUUAUAACAUUCCUGUUUGGUACUCUGGGAUUUCUUUAUUUCUUCUGGUCACUUACUUUUGGGAGGAUGCGACACGGUGCACAGGGACCUAAUCCUCAUGAUGUCCUGAGGAGUUAUGAAGCAAGGGUUCGCAUCUUAGAAGAGGAAGUUAAAUCAAUGGAGGCAGACAAACUUAAGACUGAUAUGGAGAGAAAUACUGCUUACAAAGAGAAACAGAUUUCUGAUGAACAGUUAAAAAGCGCCAGUGAGAUGGUUCUAAAACUCACAAAGGGAGAGGAAAAACUCAAGAAAGAAAAACAAGACCUUCAAGUGUUAGUGAAAGAAAUGGAAGAUAAUUGUCAAAAAUUGACAACUGAAUCCAAGGAAAAGAGUGAGGAAAUUGUAAGAUGUGAGAACACGAUUUUGGACUUAAGAGCUAAGAUUGAGGCUAAAGAGGGUGAAAUUCAAAAGUUGAAUGAUGACCUCCUAAAACAACAGCUCGAAAAGGAGACCCGUGAAAAGCACAUUGAGCAGCUUGAUGAGAAAAUUCAACAAGCAGACAUGGAAAACGAGAAGCUUGAACAUUUGCUGACAGAGACAAAAGAAAAUAAGCAAAAUUUACAAGUUGAAUUUGACGAUCAGAGAAAAAACUGUCUGCUUUGCGUUCCAGAUUACGACGGAAAAUAA